AUGCCCCUGUUCAAACAAGCUUCGCCCAAGGUCCUCGUGCCUGAGAAGCUUUCGCCAGAUGGCUUGGCUCUGCUGCGCAGUUCCUUGGAUGUUGAUGAGCGCAAAGGCUUGACAACGGAAGAAUUGCUUGAAAUCAUCCCCAACUAUGAGGCUCUUCUCGUCCGUUCAGAAACUAAGGUUACCGCGGCAGUAUUGCAAGCAGCUAAAAAAUUGAAGGUCGUUGCUCGAGCCGGUGUUGGCGUUGACAACGUUGAUGUGGAAGAGGCUACAAAGCUCGGGAUUGUCGUAGUCAAUUCACCCUCCGGCAACAUUGGCGCCGCCGCCGAGCAUACCAUCGCGUUGAUGAUGUCAAUGGCAAGAAAGAUUCCAGAGGCAUGUGCCAGCCUCAAGGAUGGAAAAUGGGAACGCAGUAAAUUUGUUGGAGUGGAGGUGAAAGGAAAGACACUGGGGGUCAUCGGUCUAGGAAAAGUGGGCUUGACCGUAGCUCGUGUUGCGAAGGGUCUUGGCAUGACUGUCCACGCUUUAGAUCCAUAUGCGUCCCCUGCAGCGGCAGCUGCUGCCUCUGUCACUAUAGUCUCGUCAUUGCCGGAGCUUCUGUCAUCUGCCGAUUUCCUGACUAUUCAUACGCCACUAAUUGCGUCAACACGAGGAAUGAUAAGCGAUGCGGAAUUGGCACAGAUGAAACCUGGUUCUCGUAUCCUCAACGUGGCACGGGGUGGUACUAUCGAUGAAGCCGCCUUGCUCAAGGCUCUGGACUCGGGACAUUUGUCUGGAGCCGCUAUCGACGUGUUCACAUCAGAGCCACCAGAUGCUGAGUCCAGUGCAGCAAAGUUGAUUGCGCAUCCGCGGGCGGUUGUGACACCACACCUUGGUGCAUCUACUGUGGAGGCUCAAGAGAAUGUAUCCGUGGAUGUAUGUGAACAGGUACUGGAUAUUCUGAAGGGGUCGCUUCCACGAAGUGCGGUAAAUGCGCCUCUCAUCCUGCCCGAGGAGUAUCAGAAGCUUCAACCAUUUGUCCACCUGGUGGAGAAAAUGGGUAGCCUAUACACUCAACACUAUGCCUCCAUGCCUGGAGGAUCCAUGGCCCGCAAUACAUUUGAUCUUAUCUAUCGGGGAGAAGUGGCCAGUAUCAAUAACACCAAGCCCCUGUUUGCGGCCUUAAUCAAAGGUCUCCUCGAACCUAUUAGUGGUGUGGAGGGAUUCAACGUCAACAUUGUUAACGCUGAGCUGGUGGCCCGUGAGCGUGGCAUUUUUGUGUCAGAGCAGAUCUCUCGAGACCCCGAAGACAAAUCAUCGUACUCGUCACUCAUCACCCUUGUCGCACGACCGUCAUCCCGUGCAACAUCUAGAGCACCUAGCAUGACCGAUAGCUCUGCGGAGGCACCUCAAGUGCCCCACCAGCGAAUAAUCUCAGGGACUUGCUCUGGUGGUCAGCCUUUGAUAACGCGACUGGGGCGAUUUGAGGCAUCAUUUGAAGCAAAAGGAACUCUUCUAAUCUGUGAGAACUACGACUCGCCAGGGAAGAUUGGUGUCGUCGGUAGUAUCCUCGGCAGAGAGGGUGUGAACAUCAACUUCAUGACUGUGUCAGCUGUUUCUCCAAAGUUGACAAUCAGUGCAGAGCCCAGCGUGGUACAAUCCACUGGAGAGGGCACAGCUGAGCCCACCAAGGACGUAAGCUCUGGUAACAAGGAGGCUCUCAUGAUCUUGGGGAUUGAUCGAGUGGUUCCACCGCAGGUAACUGCAGACUUGGUCAUGAAGAGCGGAGUCCUCACUGCCUCUACCGUGACCCUCUGA